CGAUUACCGAUGGAGACGGAAGUCGAGGGGAGAAUUCCAAAACAAUGAGGACUUUACCUGAUUGCUGCGUUCGAACAGGACGACCCUAGAAGAGUGCGUGCCGGCUACAUAACGCCAUGCCGCGACAUUUAAUGCUUAACAGGUUAGCAGUAUGGUUGACCAUAGCCUGUAUCAGCAUAAAAGGCACACAAGCAGGCAUCUUAAAAUAUGGAAUGAGAUUACAGCCUCCAUCAAGUGUUGCACCUUUACAAAAUCAUCAAACUGUGCUCAAUAAAACUCUAAAUGCAAAAACAGGAGUACAAGAUAUUCCAAGUAAAGUGAAUGUACCAGCUGCCAUAAGAAGGAGUGACAAUGAAGCAAGUCACUUGCUGCCGGGGUCUAAUGUUAAAACUAAGAAAUAUGAUGCAGUUAAACCAUUAAUCACAUCUCAACAGGCAACUUUCAUAAACUCAGAGUUGCCAAAAGACAAUUCUAAAAGACCUGCAACAUUCUUUUUCACUCAAGUAGAGCCACAUCGAUUUGAAUAUCGAGCCAUGUUUCAACAUCAUGGGCAAAUUCCUAGUAAUGUCUUUCAACCAUUUGUGCAUGACUUUGAAGGAUUUGGAAAAGAUUUUCCACCUCUGCCAAAAUUUCCUACCUUUCCAGAUUUGCCAGGAUUCUUUCCAGAGCAUAAAGAUCCAUUCCCAAACUUUCAUCAUAGUCCAUUUCCAACCAUUCCACCACCAGAGGAGAUCAAACGUCAUUGGCAACCACCUAUAGUGCCAAUUCCUCCACGGCCAACAAUUGAUGAAAACUUUGAAGGCCCACUAAAAAAUUAUGACGUUGUGCUAGGACACACACGAUAUCCAAAGAUCUUCAGAUUCAAUGAAGAAAGAGUUAAUAUAGAGGACUUUGAUAGAGAAAAGAAAUUAAGAUUUUAUCGGCUUGGGAGAAAAGAACAGAAUGAAUUAUCUGAACCUGAAAAUGUAAAGCGUGAUCAGUUACUUAUUUUACAUGGAGGUAUAUUUACAGUUCAAGAGCCACCCUUAUUCAACAAACAUCGGCUAGUCAAAAAGAGGAGAAAACCUGGUGGAUUUGGAUUGCAUCAACCAAGAAUAUAGUUCAAAUAAAUUGUUUCUAUUUAACAAAAAUAAUUUAAGAAAAAUAUCUGAUAAUCACCUAAGUAUUUACAGUACAAUUUUUCAAGCAGAAAAAUUAGGAUUCCUGCAUAAUUCAGUGUAAAUGAUUGCAGCAUAUUUUUCACCAAGGUAAUCUUUAAUCAUUUAAAUAUUAUAGCCUUGAAAAAAGAAAAUACUCUUUUACUUGACAAAUUAUGGAAAGUGCAUUUCAAAAUGCGAAAGGAUCUGUUGGCUUAAGUAGAUUUUGCUCUAAUUAGAUGCUUUUUAUUUACAUUUCUAAAAACUGAUAACUAUAUCUGCAUCUUGUAAAACUGAUAGCUAUAUCUGCAUCAUAAAUACUUAUUUUUAUUCAUAAAAAUUUUGAAGAUUUUUCAAUAAAUCAUUUAAAAUUAUUUUAAUAACUUAUUUAAUAGUAUAAAAAAUAAUAAUGUUAAUAAUUUAAUAUAAAUUAAAAACAAUGGAAACAUUUGAUGGACAUAUCAUAUAUGAGUAUUCGUAUAAAAUAUUACAAAAAUAAUAAGCUUAAUAUAAUUUUUCUCAAGAAUUCUAAAUAGGAACUGAAUUUAGAACUGCAUUAUAAUUUAUUACAACAUAAAGCAACCAAAUCAAUAUGGACAAAAAAAAAAAAAAAAAAAAAAAAGUUUAGAAUUUCAACUGUGAAAAACAACACCUUGCAUUUUAUUUAAAAUUUCCUUUGAUUAAUGGGGGGGAAAAAUCAUGAGUAUUUUAACUCAACUAUUGAUAUAUUCAAAUAUGCAGUUAAAUAAAAGCUUUAGUAUUUUUGAAAUAAUUAUGAAUGGAUUCAAUGUAU